UCUUUUUUUGUUUCUCGCCACCUGGACUGAAUUUCGGAGGGAAGAUGCUGAGGAUAGCCGGCGUGCUGGCCGUGCUGCUGGCUGCGGAGUUGAGCGCCGCUCACACCAAAGUGAAUAAGCACAAGCCGUGGAUUGAGACGUCGUACCAUGGGGUGAUCACUGAAAACACUGACGUUGUCCUGCUGGAUCCCCCCCUGGUGGCCCUGGACAAAGACGCCCCCAUCCCUUACGCAGGGGAGAUCUGUGCGUUCAACAUCCACGGGCUGGAGGCCCCCUUCGAGGCAGUGGUGCUGAACGGCACCUCUGGUGAGGGCCAGCUGAGAGCCCGUGGCCUGGUGGACUGCGAGCUGCAGAAGGAGUACACCUUCAUCAUCCAAGCACACGACUGCGGUUCGGGCCCCGGAGGGACGGAGGGCAAGAAGUCCCACAAGGCAGUGGUGCACAUUCAAGUCAACGAUGUGAACGAAUUCGCCCCCGUGUUUCGGGAACCUCAGUACAGAGCGGCGGUAACCGAGGGCAAGAUUUAUGACAGCAUCCUGCAAGUGGAGGCAACCGACCAGGACUGCUCCCCGCAGUACAGCCAGAUCUGUAACUACCAGAUCACCACCACCAGCACCCCGUUCGCUAUAGAUCGCAAUGGUAACAUAAGGAACACGGAGAAGCUGAGCUACGACCACCAGCAGCAGUAUGAGAUCCUGGUGACGGCCUGGGACUGCGGCCAGAAGAGAGCACUGCACAGCGUCCCCGUCCGCAUUGACGUCAAGCCCGUCUGCAAACCCGGCUGGCAAGGUUGGAAUAAGAGAGUGGACUAUGAGCCUGGGACCGGCAGUAAGCAGCUCUUUCCCAAGAUGCACCUGGAGACGUGCGGCGGCCCGCUGUCCUCCGUCAGGACCACAGUGGAGCUGCAAACCAGCCACAUCGGGAAGGGCUGCGACCGGGAGACCUACUCUGAGAAAUCCCUGCAGAAACUCUGCGGUGCCUCAUCGGGCAGCACUGACCUUCUUCCCGCCCCGAGCGCCGCCACCAACUGGACGUCCACGCUGGUGUCCGACAGCGGGAGGGACAGCGACUUGAUCUUCCGGUUUGACGGUCAUCAGGCGGCGAAAAUCCCAGACUGGGUGGUGCCGCAAAAUCUGACAGACCAGUUUACCAUCGCCACGUGGAUGAAGCACGGACCCAGCCCCGGGUUGAGGGCCGAGAAGGAGACGCUUCUUUGCAACUCCGACAAGACCGAGAUGAACCGUCAUCACUACUCGCUGUAUGUCCAUAAUUGCCGCCUGGUCUUUCUGCUGCGGAGAGACUUCACCCAGGUGGACACCUUCAGGCCGGCCGAGUUCCACUGGAAACUGGAGCAGAUAUGCGACAAGGAGUGGCAUUACUACGUGAUCAACGUGGCGUUUCCGGUAGUGACGCUCUACGUGGACGGAGUCACCUUCGACCCGUACUUGGUGACGGACGACUGGCCCAUCCACCCGUCGCAGAUUGACGUGCAGCUCACAGUCGGCGCCUGCUGGCAAGGUGGGGAGGUCACAAAGCCUCGGUUCACUCAGUACUUCCGGGGAAGCCUGUCUGGACUGACCAUCCGGCCCGGGAAGAUCGAGAGCCAGAAGGUUAUUUCCUGUCUGCAGGCCUGCAAAGAAGGACUGGACAUCAACUCCCUCGAGAGCCUCGACAAGAGUAUAAAGUUCCACUUCAACCCCGCUCAGUCCAUCCUGGUGAUGGAGGGAGAGGACUUGGAGAACAUAAACGCCGCUGUGAGGAAGGUUUCCUACAUAAACUCCCGCCAGUUCCCCACGCCGGGCGUCCGGCGCCUGCACAUCUCCACCUCCGUCCAGUGUUUUGGUGAGGACACUUGCAUCACCAUCCCAGAUAUCGACGCGGUGGUGAUGGUGCUGCAGCCCAGCGAGCCCAGGAUCACCAUCUCGGGAGUGGAGAGAGUGAGCCGGCCCGCCUCCGACUUCAGAGCACCAGGAGGCGUCGUUCUGUUCCAGGAGCUUCACAUCGUCAGCACAGUAACCAGGGCAGAGAACACGGCACAUCAUGCAGCACAUCGGCCCGGGGUGCUGGAGGAGAUCAUCCACAACCUGGACUACUGUGACGUUCUGGUUCUGGGUGAGGAGCUCGACCCGGAGCAAGAAUCCCUCCAACUGCAGCGCAGCGUCCUCCUUGGAAAACACCUCGACGCCACCAACUCCACCUCCGGCAUGUCCAUAUACGGAGUGGACUCCAUGUCCAACUAUGAACAGGUGAUCCGACAGGUGCGCUACUACAGCUGGCAGCCCGGGCAGCUAACAGAGAGAAGGUUUCGCCUGACCUGCUCAGAGCUCAACGGGCGCUACACAAGCAACGAGUUCAACCUCGAGGUGGGCGUCCUGCACAGUUCACAAGCGGGGGAUCGUGUCAAUCACAUGGUGGCUCCACCACAGUACAUGCAGCUGAUCCACCAUCCAUCCAUGAUCCACGACUUUUACCCCAGCCACAGCGCAGGUGUGCCGAGCGCUGCCACUGUGGUGAUAGUCAUGUGUAUCGCCGCCCUGGUGGUGGUGGUAGUCCUGGGAAUAUACCGCAUCCACCUGACCCACCAGCAGGAGGUGAAGCUGGCAGAGACGACGAAAGAGACGGACGUGACCUGGGACGACUCUGCCCUCACCAUCACCGUCAACCCGAUGGAGAACCUGGAGGAGCCCCAGGCUGCAGAAGAAGAGGUCAGCGAGGAGGAGGAGGAAGACGAAGAAGAGGAGGAUGACGACGACGAGGAAGAGGAGGAUGAUGACAUCACCAGUGCUGAGUCAGACGACAGCGAGGAGGAAGUGGACGUCCAGCUACCCAGGGUGCAGCGCAAGAAGGGCCAAAACUGGGACAAAACAACAAUAUCUUAUUAAAACACACACACAUAUAUACAGACGUCUACACAUACACACACACACACACAUAUUCACACACCGAUAAACAUCCUGCCACCUGUCCAUACUGAAACCUCAAAUCAAAUAGCUGAAACAAAAAGACUUUACGUGAGGCUCAUGCUCUAAAAAUGAGGUGAUAGUUCCCCCUACUGGAAAACCACAGAGAAACACACACACACACACACACACACACACACACACACACAC